AUGACAGUCCAGGACUUCGAGGUGAAACCCAACCAGGUCUCUAUCUCCCCCCUCCUCCAGCGACUUGCAUACCCCGCGGAGAGUCUUCCCGUGGAUGCCGCCGACAUCGCCGCUGCGUUUGCGUUGAUUUUCGAGGAUCGCCUAUCGCCCGUCCAAACCGCCGCUCUCUUGACUCUGUUGCAUUCCACCGCGAGAGACAAAGAUCCCCAGGUUAUUGCCCAAUGCUCUCAGCGUAUGCGUGAUGCAGCUCUCAAACCCGACCUUCGUGUCUUGAAAAAGACCCUUCAAGCCCGGGCAAAGAAGGAGGGGAAGUACAAUGGUGGCCUUUGUGACAUCGUUGGAACAGGAGGGGACUCGCACUCGACCUUCAAUAUCUCGACGACUUCAUCAAUCAUCGCCUCGCCGCUCCUCAUGAUGGCCAAGCAUGGUAACCGGGCGCAAACAUCCAUGUCUGGCUCUGCCGACGUACUCAACGCCAUUGCUCCCAUUCCUCCGAACCUUGACGCCAUCUCCGCCGACAACCUGACAGAGGUAUACGGAGCCACGAAUUAUGCAUUCUUGUUUGCCCCCAACUUCCACCCUGGAAUGGCAUACGCCAGCCCCGUCCGUCGUGCACUCGGCUUACGGACCAUCUUCAACCUGAUGGGACCGCUUGCGAACCCCAUCGAUGCUGCGCUGGAGGCCCGCGUGGUCGGAGUUGCUUACCAGAGCCUCGGCCCUGUCUUCGCUGAAGCAUUGAAGCAGAACGGGUGCAAGAAGGCGCUCAUUGUCUGCGGCGCAGAGGACCUGGAUGAGAUCAGCUGUGCGGGACCGACCAACUGCUGGAGGCUGUCGGAGUUCCCUAACCCGGGAUAUACGGGCUCGAAAGGGGAAGGUGACGAUACCAGCGACGAGGAGGGCCCAUCCCGGACUGUUGCCAGAUUAGAAGCCUUCCAACUCGUGCCUGCCGACUUUGGGCUUCAGUCACAUCCACUGUCUGCUGUCCACGGCCGAAAGAUGCCGAAUGAAAACGCCGAAAAGCUCAUGAGUAUCUUGCGCAACGAAUUGCCGCGCGACGAUCCCAUCCUGACCUUUGUCCUUAUGAACGUAGCGGCACUCCUGGUCAUUUCCGGGGUUUGUGAAUCCGAUACCAGCAAUAUGGGCCCUGGAGAUGACGGAAAGGUCAUCACUGAGCGUGGCCCCGGCGGUGGUCGCUGGAAGGAGGGUGUCCGACGGGCACGGUGGUGCAUUGAGAGCGGUGCAUCGCUGGGUUGUCUAGAAAAGUUUAUUGAAGUGAGCAAUAAGCUUCAAUAG